GCAUCGUUUGCCGCUGAGAAGGCGAGGACUAUGACGGAAGAGCUCGAGAAGUGUUGUUGCCACUCUUGGGGUUAUCAGCGUCUUUUAGUGGUCUUCGGUCGUGUGUUAGGAGGUGCGAUGAUUGAUAACAUGGCCGUUGAUGCUGCUAGGAAGGAGACUGUUCGGGAAGGGUGUCGAACUAUGGCUUGGGACUUUGUGGAGGACACUGACAGGUACGAUAGACUCAAGCGUGAGUUAGUUGUGAUGAAGAGUGAGAAAGGCAAUCUGCUGAGACAAAAUGAG